AUGUCGAGUGCUUUGAACAUCGGAGUGGUUGGUACCGGUAUCUUUGCAAAGGAUACGCACCUGCCGGUGCUUGCAUCGUUCCAGGACCAGUUCCGGGUGCUUGCGGCGCACAACAGGACGAAAGCCAAGGCAGAGGCGUUUGCACAGGAAGCGGGGAUUUCUGAGGACAAGAUCUAUGACACCCUAGACGAGCUACUGGCCGACAAGGAUGUUGCGGUGAUUGAUGCGCUUGUGCCUGUUCAGUCGAACGUGGAAAUUGUGCGAAAGGCGGUCGCGGCCGGGAAGCCGAUCAUCAUUGAGAAGCCCGUGGCUGCGACGCUGGAGCAGGCCAGGGAGGUGGUGAAGAUCGCGGAGGCCACGGACUUGCCAGUUGCGAUUGCAGAGAACUGGCUGUUCCUGGAGGCCGGCACGGCAGUGAAGCAGAAGCUCGCGGACAUCGGCGAGGUGGUGGGGUUCACGUACAAUAGCACCGGGGCGUUUUUGAAGAACAACAAGUACCUGGCGACCAAGUGGAGACAGCGCCCGGAGCACAUAGGGGGCUUCCUGUCGGACGGCGGUGUCCACCAGCUGGCGCUGCUGACCGAUGUGCUGGGCCAGGUGGAGUCUGUGUCUGCGUUGGCCAAACAGGUGCGCGAGGCCUCCGGCGCGGAGGACAUUGUGUUCUCGACGCUGAAGAUGAAGUCUGGGGCGAUCGGGACCUUCACUUACGGCUCGGCCUUCGGCAGUACCGACAAGUGGGUGUUCAUGAAGAUAUAUGGCACGAAGGGCUCCAUCCUGCUGGACAUCUCUCAGAAGCAGGAUGUCACAAUGAAGGUUGUGCGCGGCGAAUAUGCGGAUGAGAUCUCGGGCUCGGAGACUGUCGAAUUACAGCAGGAGCAGACCUUCGGAGUUCGUGGCGAAUUCAUGAACUUCCACGAGGCGGUUGCCAAGAAGGACAAGUCAUUGAUCAGAGGCACGCCAAGAGCGGCAUUUCACCACUUAGCAUGCGUGGCCGCCUUCCUAGACUCCUCCGCCCAGGGUGGCAACCACGUAAAGGUGCAGGAACCCUGA